AUGCAGGCCUACACCGAACUUGCGGCGCCCACUGCCGUCACCCACUCCUUGACGCUGCCUCUGACGUCUGCGAUGGCCAACAAUCUUGUAGUAGCCAAGGGUUCACUGCUCCAGAUAUUCACGACCAAGACGAUCCCGGCCGAGAUUGACACGCAAAGCGACAAUGCGACGUCCGGGGACUCUUCGAGUGCCACCAAGACGGGCGACUCGUCCUUUGACCCCCGCGCGAACGAUGACGAGGGCCUCGAGUCGUCGUUUCUAGGCGGCGGCGAUUCCAUGCUGAUCGCGCGCGCCGACUGCUCCCCGCAUACAAAGCUCGUCCUCGUCGCCGAGAUCCCUCUGGCAGGAACAGUCAUUGGUCUCGCCCGCAUAAAGAUUCGCAACACUGCCUCUGGCGGCGACGCCCUGCUAUUGGCGUACAAGGCGGCCAAGAUGUGCCUGACCGAGUGGGACGCCGAGAAGAAGACACUCGAGACGCUCUCGCUCCACUACUAUGAAAAAGACGAGACUGACGUGGCCCCGUGGGAGCUGCCAAUCGGCGAAUAUGUCAAUCACCUCGAGGCCGACCCGGGUAGCCGCUGCGCAGCUCUGAAGUUCGGCCCUCGUAGCCUCGCCAUCCUCCCGUUCAGGCAGUCCGAGGAGGAUCUAGAGAUGGACGACUGGGACGAGGACCUCGAUGGGCCUAGACCUGUCAAGGAGAACGGAACGGCCGGGGAGAGUGGAGAAGACGGAGGUAGUGUAGGACCUGCUCACGCACCAUCAUUUGUUGUCUCUCUCCCCAUGCUCGACCCCAGUCUGCUUCACCCCGUACAUCUUGCCUUUCUGCAUGAAUACCGGGAACCCACCUUCGGCAUUCUGUCUGCCAGUAGACCUCCCUCGGCUACCCUCAACGCGACAGAUUACCUUACCUACAAAGUGUUCACCUUGGACCUACAGCAAAGGGCCUCGACAACAAUCCUGUCCGUCACCGAUCUACCCAGGGACCUGUUCAAGGUUCUCCCCCUGCCGGCCCCAUUAGGAGGCGCUCUUCUUGUAGGAGAGAAUGAGCUCAUCCAUUUUGACCAGUCUGGCAAGCCCAACGGCGUCGCUGUUAACCCCAUGACGAAGCAGGUCACUUCGUUUAACCUGGUUGACCAGUCCGACCUCGAGCUGCGCCUGGAAGGCUGCACUAUUGAGCCUCUGUGCGUCGAGACGGGCGAGUUCCUCAUCAUCCUUAACGAUGGCCGCCUCGCAUUGUGCCUAUUCCACAUUGACGGACGCACAGUAACGGGUAUCAGCAUCAAGAUGGUGGCGGCUGACUGCGGUGGCCAUCUGGUCAGAAGCAGUGCGUCGUGCGCAUCCAAACUGCCUGGCGACGCCGUGUUCAUCGGCAGCGAGUCAAACGACGGCAUUGUGCUCGGCUGGACAAGGAAUCGGUCGCAGGAGAAGCGCAAGAAGUCACGUAUCAUCGAUAACGACCUAGCCGCGCUAGGCGUCGAUGACGCGGACCUAGACGAUGUAGAAGAGGAUGAUGACUUGUACGGCAACGACUCAGGCACUUCCAAACCGUCGGCGCAGGAUGCUCAUGGGAACCAUAAGUCGGGAGACCUGACGUUCCGCAUCCAUGACACGCUGCUCAGCUUGGCCCCCAUAUAUGACGCAGCAUGCGGCAAGCCGGCCUUUGUCCCGGACAGCGAGGAGGCGAAACUCUCGGAAGGCGUCACAGCCAACCUCGAGCUCACAUGUGCUGUCGGCUCGGGCAGGGCGGGAUCGCUCGCUAUCGUGAACCGCGAGAUCCAGCCGAAGGUGAUUGGUCGGUUCGACUUCCCCGAGGCCAGGGGCUUCUGGACCAUGUGCGUCAAGAGGCCUGGCCCUAAGUCUAUGGCUGCCAAUGUGCCCGCCAUCAAUGAUUAUGACAGCACCGAUCCUUUCGACAGAUAUAUGAUCGUGGCUAAGGUAGAUCUGGAUGGGUACGAGACAUCGGACGUGUAUGCCCUUACAGCAGCCGGGUUCGAGAGUAUCAAGGAUACCGAGUUUGAGCCUGCAGCCGGGUUCACGGUGGAGGCAGGCGUCAUGGGCAAUCAGAUGAGGAUCAUCCAAGUUCUCAAGUCGGAAACUCGGUGCUAUGACGGAGACCUUGGCCUGGCUCAGAUCCUCCCCAUGCUCGACGAAGAGACAGGCGCCGAGCCUAGGGUUCUCAGCGCCAGCAUCGUUGACCCUUACCUGCUACUGGUUCGAGAUGACGGCAGCGCUUUCGUUGCACAGAUGGACAGCGCAAAUGAGCUCGAAGAGGUUGAGAAGACAGCAGAAGCCGAGAUUCUAACCUCAAAUAAGUGGACGACUGGAUGUCUGUACAAGGACACUACCGGCCUGUUUCAGGAGACCCAGGGUGCUGUUGGUGAGAAAGUUGUCAUGUUUCUGGUCAACUCGGCUGGCGCACUCUAUGUAUACGCCCUGCCCGACUUAUCCAGGCCCAUCUACGUGGCUGAGGGCCUGUCGUGUACGCCUUCGCAUCUGUCUGCCGACUAUGCCGUGCGCAAAGGCACGCCUCGCGAGAUACUGUCACAGAUUGUGGUGGCUGAUCUUGGCGACAAGGUCUCGCAGACGCCGCAUCUCAUUCUCCGCCACACCACUGAUGACCUGACGAUAUACGAGCCUGUCCGCUACCAGGCCGACGGGUCGGACUCGACGCUCUCGUCAACCCUGCGCUUCAACAAGUGCCCCAAUCCGGCCGUGGCCAAGAGCCCCCCAGACGAGACGGAUCAGGACGACUGGCAGAAGCCGCGGUUCGUGCCGCUCCGCGUUUGCCCCAACGUGGGCGGGUACAGCACCGUUUUCCUGCCGGGCCCGUCGCCAAGCUUCGUCAUCAAGUCCAGCAAGAGCCUCCCACGGGUGGUGGGUGUACAGGGGCAAGGGGUCCGAGGCAUGAGCCCGUUCCACACCCAGGGUUGCGACAGGGGCUUCAUCUAUGCCGACGCAGAGGGCAUGGCGCGCGUGACGCAGCUGGCAGCCGACACGGACUACGCACAGCUGGGACUCUCGGUGAAGAAGGUGGCCAUGGACACGGAGGUGCGAUACGUGGCGUAUCACGGACCCAGCGAGUCAUACGCGAUCGGAUGCCUGAAAUACGAACCGUUUGAGCUGCCUCGCGAUGACGACUACCACAAGGAGUGGUCGCGCGAGACGCUAGCCAUGGCACCUCUCGCGGCGCGCGGCGAGAUCCGACUGGUCAACCCGACGACGUGGACGGCCAUCAACACGGUAGAAAUGGAGCCGUGCGAGACGAUUGAGUCGAUGCGCGCCCUGCUUCUAGAAGUGUCAGAGGAGACACGGGAGCGGCGCAUGCUCAUCGUCAUCGGGUCAGCCACGUCACGCGGCGAGGACCUGCCCACCAAGGGCAGCAUCCGCGUCCUCGACAUCGUCGCCGUCAUCCCCGAGCCAGGCCACCCAGAGACGAACCGUCGACUGAAGCCCGUGGCCCAGGAGGACCUACCGCGCGGAGGCGUCACGGCCCUCGGCGAGAUCGGCACCCAGGGCCUCAUGCUUGCCACGCAGGGACAAAAGACCAUGGUGCGCGGCCUCAAGGAGGACGGAUCCCUACUCCCCGUCGCAUUCCUCGACAUGAACUGCCACGUCGCCAGCGCGCGCGUCCUGGCGCGUCCGGGCCUGUGCCUCCUCGCCGACGCGUUCAAGGGCGUCUGGUUCGCAGGCUAUACCGAGGAGCCGUAUACCUUCAAAGUCAUGGGCAAGACGGGCACUCACCUGCCUGCACUGGUGGCGGAUUUCCUCCCCCAGGGAGACGACCUGUCCAUUGUUGUGGCCGAUGCCCAGGGCGAGAUGCACAUUUUUGAAUUCAACCCAGAGCACCCUCAAUCCCUUCAAGGCAGCCUCCUCCUGCACCGCACGACAUUUUCCGUCGCCCCCAACACACCGACAUCAUCCAUUCUCCUCCCGCGCACCUCGUCAUCACCAGCGUUCUCGUCCGAUCCGUCACCGCACAUCCUCCUCCUCACCUCCCCGACAGGCCACCUCUCCGCUGUCACGACCCUGUCGGAACCCUCCCACCGACGCCUCAUGUCCCUGUCCAACCAGCUCGUCUCGGCGCUCCCCGCACACGGCGGUCUCAACCUGAAGGCAUACAGGCUGCCUGGGACUAACGUUGCCAGGGAAGGGCCCGUCGGCGUCGAUGCUGCUGCCGGUAGAAGUGCGACGGUCGUUGACGCGGGUAUCCUGGCCAGGUGGGCCGACCUCGCGGCUGCCAAGAAGGCCGAGCUGGCGUCGCGUAGCGGUUAUGAUGGUGUCGCUGAGGCGAGGGCCGAGUUGGCCGGUAUCAUAGGUUGGAGUGGGUUGGAGUAUUUCUAG